AUGGCGGCUGUGAGGAGUAUGAACACAAUGUUUGGACUAUGUUUCCAUGCUGCUCGACAGACAUCGAGGCUGCUUCCGCUCAGAGCCUUCACAGUCACUGCCGCACGGCAGCAGCAGCCUUUUGACUCGACGCUGGAAAAGCCACAGUUCCCUGGAGCCUCGGCCGAGUUUGUGGAUCACCUCGAGUUCAUUCAGCCCAAUGUGAUCUCUGGGAUCCCAGUGUACCGGGUGAUGGACAGGCAGGGCAAUAUCAUCAACCCCUCUCAAGACCCUCAGCUCUCCAAAGAGACAGUCUUGAACUUUUAUCAAAAGAUGACUCUGCUGAAUACAAUGGACCGCAUUCUUUAUGAGUCUCAGAGACAGGGUCGGAUCUCCUUUUACAUGACCAACUAUGGUGAGGAGGGGACACACAUCGGUAGCGCUGCUGCUCUUGACCCAAGCGACAUGGUCUUCGGUCAAUACAGAGAAGCUGGAGUGCUGAUGUACCGGGGUUUUCCUCUGGAUAUGUUCAUGGCUCAGUGCUACGCCAACGCCGAUGACCUCGGCAAGGGCCGGCAGAUGCCUGUCCAUUACGGCUCCAAAGACCUGAACUUUGUCACCAUCUCCUCUCCUCUGGCCACUCAGAUUCCUCAAGCUGCUGGAGCUGCAUACGCCUACAAGAGAGAGAACAUGAACCGUGCUGUGAUCUGUUAUUUCGGAGAGGGAGCAGCCAGCGAAGGGGACGCACACGCCGGCUUCAACUUCUCUGCCACCCUCGAAUGUCCACUGAUAUUCUUCUGUCGUAACAACGGCUACGCCAUCUCCACCCCCACCAACGAGCAGUACAGGGGAGAUGGCAUUGCUGCUCGUGGUCCGGGUUAUGGCAUGCUGUCCAUUCGCGUGGAUGGUAACGAUGUGUUUGCUGUGUACAAUGCUACAAAGGAGGCGCGCCGCAGGGCUGUGGCUGAGAACCAGCCCUUCCUCAUUGAAGCAAUGACCUACAGAAUUGGCCACCACAGCACCAGUGACGACAGCUCCGCCUACCGUUCGGUGGACGAGGUGAACUACUGGGACAAGCAGGACCAUCCCAUCUCCAGGCUGAGACAUUACAUGACGGCCCGCAGCUGGUGGAGCGAGGACGACGAGAGGAGCUGGCGGAAGCAGUCCCGCAAGAUGGUGAUGGAGGCGUUCGAGAGGGCCGAGAAACGCCAGAAGCCCAAUCUCGAACUGCUGUUUACUGACGUGUACCAGGAGAUGUCGCCCAAUCUGAUCAAGCAGAGAGAAUCCAUGUGGAGGCACGUGCAGCAGUACAAAGAGCACUACCCACUUGACCUGUAUGAUAAAUAACUGCGCCGCCAGGGAUGGAACGAGUUUGGUGAACAAAUGAUGUAGUGGGUAAAGAUUGAGACUUGGGGUAAACUGUUGGACACCUUUUACUGUAUUCAUAAAAGUAUAGUUUUGAUAUGAUGUGUCAUUUUCUUUCUGCACAACAGAGGGAGAAGGAGAACAAUUGUGCUUUUGAAAAACACUGUACUUCUGGGUUUGGUGCCUUACGUUAAUAGAUUUACAUGCUGUCAGUAGUAAAGCUUCUCUGUACCUUCUCUUGUUUCACAGCAAUUCCAAGAUGUUGUUUUUUAAGUGGAGCAAAAAAAUAAAACAUCUGCUGCAGUUGGAAAGCAUUAUGCAUAAAGAAAUCAAACACAAAUCAAGCAAUAAACGGUGGAAGUUAACCUCUGUUGUGUUUGCUCCCUUGCUUGUGACUGUCCUCUACAGUGAUUGUGGUAUUUAACAGGUUUCCUUGUGUAUCAUUGAGGUGACUGAAUUAACUUGUGUUAAAGAACUUUGUUAUUUUAAUGUAGUUUUUAGUGUACACACCCACAUUUUAAAUGGGUUUGUAUGCUGUUACACACUAUUUCUGAAUCCCAGAACUGUACACCCAUCUAGCUCAUGUUACAUGUUUGGUGUUGUGUAGAAAAUAAACUAUUGAACUUUCA